AUGGCCGCCGCGGCGGUCGUGCUGGCCGCGGCUCUGGGCGGAGGGUUGCUUCUCCUCGCCCGGCGCCUGUGGUCGGCGGCGGGGAAGGGGGCGAGGAGCGCGGCCGCCGCCUCGAUGGAAGGCAAGACGGUGAUCAUCACCGGGGCCAACAGCGGCCUGGGGCGGGCGGCGGCGGCGGAGCUGCUACGGCAACACGCGAGGGUCAUCCUGGCCUGCCGGGACCGCGGCCGCGCCGAGGAGGCGGCGCGCGAGCUCCGCGCGGAGCUGGGCCUGUGCUCGCGGGGAGGGGGCGAGUGCCGCGGGGAGCUGCUGGUGCGAGAGGUUGACCUGGCCUCCCUCCGCUCCGUGCGCCGCUUCUGCCAGCAGGUCCUGCAGGAACAGCCGAGGCUGGAUGUCUUGAUCAACAACGCGGGGAUAUUCCAGUGCCCCUACACGAAGACCGAGGACGGUUUCGAGAUGCAGUUUGGUGUCAACCACUUGGGCCACUUCUUGCUCACAAACCUCCUCCUGGGGCUUCUCAAGAGCUCCGCCCCCAGCAGGAUUGUGGUGGUUUCCUCCGCCCUUUACAAAUACGGAGAGAUCAACUUCGACGACUUGAACAGCGAGCUGAGCUACAACAAGAGCUUCGCUUACAGCCGAAGCAAACUGGCUAACCUCCUCUUUGCCAGGGAGUUGGCCCGACGCUUAGAAGGCACCGGCGUCACCGUCAAUGCCCUCCAUCCCGGUAUUGUCAGAACAAAUCUUGGCAGGCACAUACAUAUUCCUUUACUGGUAAAGCCCCUCUUAAAUUUGGUGUCUUGGGCUUUCUUCAGAUCCCCCUUGGAAGGAGCCCAGACAUCUAUUUAUCUGGCCUCCUCUCCUGAAGUAGAGGGGGUAUCUGGGAAAUAUUUUGGAAACUGCAAGGAGCAGCCGCUACUGCCUAAAGCCACUGAUGACUUAGUGGCAAGGAAACUAUGGGAUAUCAGCGAGGUGAUGGUGGGGCUGCUAAAAUAAAUGCC